GAGUACGGAGUAGUGGCCAUUGGUUGGGAUGAGUACGGAGUAGUGGCCAUUGGUUGGGAGGAGUACGGAGUAGUGACCAUUGGUUGGGAUGAGUACGGAGUAGUGACCAGUGGUUGGGAUGAGUACGGAGUAGUGGCCAUUGGUUGGGAUGAGUACGGAGUAGUGGCCAUUGGUUGGGAUGAGUACAGAGUAGUGACCAUUGGUUGGGAUGAGUAACGAUGGCCAUUGGUUGGGAUGAGUACGGAGUAGUGGCCAUUGGUUGGGAUAAGUACGGAGUAGUGGCCAUUGGUUGGGAUGAGUACGGAGUAGUGGCCAUUGGUUGGGAU